UACCAGCAUCGCAAUAUUAUCAACGAUACCCUGCUGAAUACUAUACAAUUUCAUCAAGAGUUUCGAAAAAAAUGUCAGUUUGCAAUGCCGAUCCUUGGCAGAUGAUUAAUACUAAAAUUGAAGAUCAACAUAGUGAAGUUGUCAAAAGUGGUCCAGAAGCAGUACCUAACGCCUGCAACAAUUUCGAGGAUAAUUUCGCACCACCCAGUAGACCUGUGACGCAUUCACCAGUGGACAAUAACAACGACGAAGAAAGUAAUGCAACUUGCCCACUACAGCAUCUUCCUGACUCGGCCAAUUACUUGCAACUGCUAGAACGAAAACUGGCUAAGGUGCAGAAAGGAGCCAAAUUGUUGGACUCAUUGCAGGAAAAGCGACAGGAUUGCAUGCGAUCGCUGCUCGGCUCUAACGGUGUUCCCGCAACAACGCUCGAGCAGCUCCUUGAGCUUGACGUACCCAUAGAGAGUGGACGAUUACAGCGCCAUUUGUUACCCGUGCAGGCAGUGACUGCCGGCGAAAAGCUCCAUAUUAUUCAGCACGACGCACUCGAAGAUCAAAUUGAAGAGGAGAAAGCAUCACAAUAAGUUACCAUGAAUUCAGCUUUUGGGAAUGUGUUUUUGUUU